CAUUGUCAUUUUGUUAUCUCUGUAGUCUGUAAUGGCCAAGUGUUAAAAAAUACGCUGAGAUUGUUACUCUCUAGUGUCUACUUUACAGGACCAAGUAGAAGGUGCUUAUGGUUGGUAUUUUGGGGAAGAGAGGCAAAAGGAAGAAAUGGGUCUAGUUCUCAAUCCACUUUUUGAUGGAACACUAUCGUUAAAGAAUUUAAGACUGCAUGGUUGUCCUAGGAUUUCACCAAAGUUCUCUUCUUUUGUUGGAAAGAAUGUUAAAUUUAGCGAAUACUCAGCAGUUCAAUCAUUCUCACAAGGUGGUUCACUGGUGGCAGAUAAUAGUAAAAGUUCACCUGAAUAUGAGGCUAACUAUUGUGAUGAAGGAGAAUCAGAGGUCCUCCCACAAGUACAAACUCUUAGAGAAAUUCCAAAGAAGGAGCUUGCAGCAAAAGUUGUCAUGGUCAGAUUUGAUAGUGCAAUUUUGUUAAAGGAAGAACUUGACAAGAGUUCUCAAUCAGUUUCCAAUGCAAUUUUGACCAUCAAGUAUUUACAUGAAAGUGGCUCCAAAAUCAUACUCGUGAGUGACUGGAAAAAGAAAAUUAAUUCGAAACUUCUUGAUGUAGAGUCUGCUGCAGAUAUCCUAUCAUCAAUUCUACAGCUCAGAGUUGUUGCUCUACAUUGUAUUUCUACUUACUUGCCAAUGAAGAUGGAGGCCCUCAGGAUUGCAGAUAUUUUCCUUCUAGAGAAUCUUUCUGAGUUUAAAGAGGAAGUUGCCAAUUGUCUAAGAUUUGCCGAACUGUUAUCAUCAGGAGUUGAUAUUUUUGUUAACGACUCCUUUUCUUUGUCUCAUAAAAUUCUUGCAUCAACGGUUGCUGUUGCUCAUUUUUGCUCUGCCCAUGUUGCUGGUUUUCACUUUGAGAAAAGCUUGUUCCAGCUGAAGAAGGCUGGAACAACUAAUAAAAAGCCUUAUAUUGCAAUUAUUGGAGGGGGCAAUCUCUAUGACAAAGCAGCAGCCUUGCAAUUUUUAGCUUCUAAAUGUGAUGGACUGGUCUUUGUUGGAAUGAUGUCAUUUCAAAUAAUGCAUGCUUUAGGAUAUUCUGUUCCUUCAAGUCUAAUAGAGCCUAAGGCACAUAAAGCAGCUCUGGACAUAAUUCACUUUGCACAUAAAAGAAAUAUCUCAAUUCUGUAUCCCAAAGAUUUUUGGUGCACAAAUGCUCACGUGAUGAAUGAAAUGGAAGUAGUUCCUGCUCAUCAUCUUUUGGAUGGUUGGUUACCUGUUGAUCUUGGGCCUAUGUCUCUGGAUGAAAUAAAUACUUUACUUGUGAAAUCCAAGAAAAUAAUAUGGAUUGGUCCACCAAAAUUCAAAUUUUCGAAUCCAUGUAUAAAUGGAGCAUCUAAAUUGGCUCAAGUGCUGGAUGAACUUAGUCAACCAACUUGUGAUGUAACUGUUGUGGGGAAUCUGGCAUGCAAAGCAGUAAUGGUGGAAUCGAGUUCUCUUUUGGCUUAUGAUUUGAUUGAGAAUGCUUCAGUUGUAUGGGACUUUUUCAAAAGAAGGAAUCUUCCUGGAGUCAUGGCCUUAGAUAGAGCAUAUCCAUUCAAGAUCGACUGGAGUGCUGUCUACCAUGACCCUGCUCAACCUUUGGUAGUUGAUAUUGGAUGUGGUAAUGGAAUGUUUCUCCUGGGAAUGGCUAGAAGGAAAAAGGACUUGAACUUUCUCGGGCUAGAGAUUAAUAAAAAGCUUGUAAGACGUUGUCUGGAUUCUGUUCAUCAGUCUGGCAUUUCGAAUGGGCACUUCAUUGCAACAAAUGCAACAACAACUUUUCGUUCCAUAGUUUCUAGCUAUCCAGGAGAGUUGGUCCUUGUUUCGAUUCAGUGUCCAAAUCCUGAUUUCAACGACCCAGAACACAGAUGGAGAAUGCUGCAGAGGUCAUUGGUUGAAGCAGUGGCAGAUUUGCUUGCACAUGAUGGCAAGGUAUUUCUGCAAUCUGACAUAAAAACAGUUGCAGUGAGAAUGAAAGAAUUAUUUCUGAAAUAUGGCAGGGGAAGGCUCAUGCUUGUUAAUGACCAAUUCGAAGCAACAAUUAGAGUGUGGCUUGAGGAGAACCCAUUUGGUGUGAGGUCAGAUUGGGAACAACAUGUAAUAGAUCAGGGACGCCCAAUGUACAGAUUAAUGCUUUCCAAAUCAACAAAUGGCGAGUGAUGCUAAGAAUGCCUGGUGCGGGAAAGCUGGCUAUGCCACAUAAGUUGGUUUCAGGAUACAGUCACACACUGAGCGUAUGCUUUCUCAGAUGGAAGUAUUUCCAAUAAUAUUCUAUUUGUUAAUAUAAUUUUUUGGGAAUGGAAAUAUUUUAGUCCCUCCAGUUAUCAUCUUGCAGAAUACCGUUGCAUUCAAAGAAAUUGGAGAAAUGAGAUAGAAAGAACGGCACUACCUUGGGAAUUUACUUCUAUAUAAUUGCAGUAAUGGAUCCCCCUAGAAGGAAAGCCGGAUACCGGGCUCUUUUAUGUUACCUGCAUACAGGAUUUCAGAGAAGACAGGUGCAGAAAAGGAGCAGUUAUUUGUAUCCAGAAUUGUCUGCUUCUCCUUUAUUUAUUUUUUCAAAUUUCUUUUCUCUAUGUAAUGUAAAUAGGAAACAGCUAAUUGGUCACCUUUCAGUUGAUGUUCACUCAGGACCUGUAACAUUGUGGAGUAAAUUUGUAUUAGUCCUUCUCUUGUCAUCUUCUUAAUCUAUCUGUAUUAUCCCUUUCUUUUCUUU